UUGGACCAGGAUGAGAACAGCCCCAGGGCCACCAAGUGGGUGUAUCUGGAGGGAAGCAGCAGAAGAGGCGGAGGCUGUGGUGGUUGCAAAGGCAAUGGGUGCAAAGGCAGUCAGGUGCAGGCUGGCUUUCAAAUCCACCAAUGGGCGUCCAGCGCCUUUUGUCCUGUUCAAACAGUGGCGGUUAAAGGCUGGGCCCGGCUGCGUGCCUGGGAUUUAGAGAAGGCGAAAUGGCUCUCUGUUGAUGGACAGCCUCCUCCUCUUUCUCCUUUUGUGAGGGGAAGAGAGGGGGUCAUGGAGCUCAGCCCUGUCCCCGCAGCCUCCCUCUGUGCCAGGACGGACAGCGGCCGCUUGGAGCCUCCAUUUUAUCUGACAACCUUUGGGCAGCUGAAGCUUUCCAUCCACACAGAAGGCAGGGACCUUCUGCUCUAUGUCAUGGAAGCCAGAGGCCUGUUGGGGAAGCAGUGCCAGAUCUGUGACUCCUUUGUCAAGGUGUCCCUUGUGCCAGACGCCGGCCGGCAGUGCAGGCAAAAGACCCAGAUUGUCCCAGACAGCAAGAACCCCGUCUUCCACCAGCGCUUCGUCUUCCCUUUGCGAGAGGAGGAUGAGCAGAAGCGCCUCGUGGUUACUGCCUGGAACCGGACACGGGGCUCCAGGCAGAGCAGACUCAUCGGCUGCAUGAGCUUCGGCGUGAGGAGCCUCCUGAGCCCAGGAAAGUCUCAGGAGAUCAGCGGAUGGUAUUACCUGCUGGGGAAGGACCUAGGCAGAACGAAGCACCUGAAGGUGGCCACAAGGCGGCGCCAGCAGCAGGAGCGAAGGCCAGAAGUCACAGAGCCAAUGAUGUCUGCCCAGCCGGUUGUGUUCCCGGGAAAGCAGCAAAAGGAGAACAUGGAAGAGCUCAAGAUCUCCAUCCCACGGGGAAGAAAUGGCUUUGGUUUCACCAUCUGCUGCGACUCCCCCGUCCGAGUGCAAGCCGUCGACUCUGGUGGCCCAGCAGAGAAGGCCGGUCUACAGCAGCUGGAUACAGUGCUGCAGCUCAAUGAGCAGCCGGUGGAGCACUGGAAGUGCGUGGAGCUGGCCCAUGAGAUACGGAACUGCCCUGGAGAGAUCCUCCUGCUGGUCUGGCGCCUUGUCCCUCAAGCCCGUCCCGCCCCCGAAGGGGUCAUCCGCCGUUCCUCCUGCAAGUCCACGCUGGACCUUCACUCGCCCCCCAACAAGAGGGAGAAGAACAACGGGGCGCCCAACCGACCCCCGCAGCAGCAUCGCCAGAGCUGCCACAUUGUCUUUGAGGGGAGCGGCAGCGAGGGGUUAGGGUUCAACCCCUGGGAACGCUACACGGAGCUCGGAAAGGUCCCCCGCCCUCAGCAAAGACCCCAGCCUCAGCAGCAGCGCACCCUGCCUCUUUCCUCCUCUGUACGUGGCAGCGGCGACAAGAACUACAUCAUCCUGGCCCCCCUCAACCCUGGAAGCCAGCUCCUGCGACCGCUCUGUCCAGAGGGCAAGACCCCAACUGGAGGCAGCAACACCGCCUGCCACAAUGGCAAGAAGUCCAGACUCAUGAAGACAGUUCAGACCAUCAAGGGCCAUGCUGCUCCCCCGCCCUGCGCCCGGCCCCUGGCCCCACACUCCAGUUACGGCACCUACGUGACCCUGGCUCCCAAGGUGCUCGUCUUCCCCAUCUUCGUGCAGCCACUGGACCUCUGCAAUCCGGCCCGGACUUUGGUGCUCUCCGAAGAACUGCUGCUCCAUGAGGUUCGGAACAAACCCACAAAGGUGACCCUCUUUGUCUACUCGGACCUGCUGCUCUUCACCCAGGAGGAGGAGCCCGGCCGGUGCCACGUCCUCCGGAACCCCCUCUACCUGCGGGAUGUCCGGCUGCAGGAGGAAUCCUCAGAAGACCUGAAGUUCUGCAUCCUCUACCUGGCAGAGAAGCUGGAGUGUGUGCUGAGCCUGGAGGCUCACUCCCAGGAGCAAAAGAAGAGAGUCUGCUGGUGCCUCGCCCAGAACGCCGCCCGGCAGCAGCAGCAGCAUCACGAACAGCUCUUUGCACCAGCAACGGUGCCCACAGCCCCUCCAGCCGAGACCAAGAUGCUUGAGCCGGAGGCUGAGAAGCAAGGGCCUCCUUCUGGGACGGAUGGAGGGACUGAGCAUGUGGCCCACCCUGUGACAGGGGAGGAGGAGGAGAGGAUGCCGGAGGCCCAGAGUGUCCCUGAAGGAGAGGGAGAGGGGCUGGCGGAGUCCCCCUGCAAGGGCCAUUGCCCCUUCCCUAUCCCCUCCUUGCAGCUGGAUGGCACCUUCAGCCAAGACCCCAACAGAGUGGCAGAAGAGGAAGAUGAAGAAGAGGAAGAGGAGGAGGAAGACGAAGAGGCAAAUGGGGCAGCCUACCUGAACCUGGGCGAGGGGGAGCCCUGCAGGCCCUCCCUCUCUCCCCUGAGGCCCUCCCUGCGCCGGCGCACGCACAGCGAAGGCAGCCUCCUCCAGGAGCCCCGGGGCCCGCACGCCUUCCCCUCCGACACCAGCCUCAACUUUGCCGCCUCUGAUGUGCAAGGGGCCCCCACCAGUUGGACCCUGCCCUCCCCAAAGGCCCUGAGGAGGCAGCUGGCCAAAGACGGCGGGGGCUCCAUCCACCAGCUGACCCUGCUCUUCGUGGGCAACCGGAAGCCCUCGCAACAGCAGCUUCACCUGUUGGAUCCCGACUGUGGCUGCGACUUUGGGGCCCACCAGAAGAGGCGCCGGAGUCUAGCCAAGGAUGUGAAGCAGCGCCUGGGCCUCUUCCGGCGUCGAAAUGAGUCUCCCGGAGGAAGGUUAGUGGAGAAAGGAGCGAAGGCCCUUCGGCCAAGUCCAGAAGAAGCCCUGGCCUGGGGGGAGUCCCUGGAGAAGCUGCUGCAACAUCAGUACGGCCUGGCCGCCUUCCGCGCCUUCCUGCGCACUGAGUUCAGUGAGGAGAACCUGGAGUUCUGGCUGGCCUGCGAGGAAUACAAGAAGAUCCGUUCCCAAUCCAAGAUGGCCUCCAGGGCCAGGAAGCUUUUUGCCGAGUACAUUGCCAUCCAAUCUUGCAAGGAAGUCAACCUGGACUCUUACACCCGGGAGCACACCAAGGAGAACAUGCGGACCCUCACCCGGGGGGCCUUCGACCUGGCUCAGGGGCGCAUCUUCGGCCUGAUGGAGAAGGACCCCUACCCGCGUUUCCUGCGCUCUGAGCUGUACCUGGACCUUGUCCGGCCAAAGAAGCCCAGUCCUAUUCUGUAGGGUGGGGGCUCUUUUGGAGAGCAUGACACUCAUCCAGGUCUUCCUCCCUCCUUGACCGGACCCUUGCCUGGAUUAUAGAGGGAGCCCCUUUCUUCCAUGCAGGAGGAGGGGUCAGAUGUCAGGGGGGAAUGCCAUCCCAAGAGCGGCUUUCUCACUCCCAUGGGGUCAGUGAUACUAACACCACUAGACCCCUGUGAGACUCAAGGGUAUUCUCUCCUGUCGCCCCAAAAUCAUUCUGGAGGUGACCAGCACAGAAGGAAGGCCCUCCUGGAGCAUGGAUGCGGAUUGGGACCAAGAUGGCUUCCGUAGGGGGGUGGGUCUGCGUCUUCCUUCCAAAGAGACGCUCAUUAAAGAGACUGACCGGCAUCUAGCCUUUGCUUUGGCAGACGAAUGGACCGACCAUUGGCCACACGGUCCCUCUAGGUCCCUGGUCUUAUUUAUUGAUAUCUGCUGGACUGGAUAGGUUUUGUCUCUGAGAUCUUAUCCCCAAUGUCCCAUAGCAAAGGAUGUUUUUUAAAAACUUAAGUGCAAUAUUAUUGUAAUUUUUUUGUGUCAGGAGCGACUUGAGAAACUGCAAGUGGCUUCUGCUGUGUGAGAAUUGGCCAUCUGCAAGGACGUUGCCCAGAUGUAUGAUGUUUUUCUAUCCUUGUGGGAAGUUUCUUAUGGGAGGCUGUAUUAUUGUUUUGUUUUGGGGGGGUUUUUUGUGUCAGGAGUGACUUAAGAAACUGCAAGUCACUUCUGGUGUGAGAGAAUUGCCCGCCUGCAAGAAUGUUGCCCAGGGGACGUUGGCUGGAUGUUUGAUGUUUUAAAAUCCUUUUGGGAGGCUUCUUGUGGGAGGUUGUAUUAUUGUUUUGUUUUGUUUGUUUUUUUGUGACAAGAGCGACUUGAGAAACUGCAGGUCGCUUCUGAUAUGAGAGAACUGGCAGUCUGCAAGGAUGUUGCCCAGGGGGACGUUGCCGGAUGUUUGAUGUUUUACUAUCCUUGUGGGAGGCUUCUUAUGGGAGGCUGUAUUAUUGUUUUGUUUUGGGGUUUUUUGUGUCAGAAGCGACUUGAGAAACUGCAAGUGACUUCUGGUGUGAGAGAAUUGCCCGUCUGCAAGGACGUUGCCCGGAUGUUUGAUAUUUCCUAUCCUUGUGGGAGGCUUCUUAUGGGAGGCUGUAUUAUUGUUUUGUUUUCCUUUUUUGUGUCAGGAGUGACUUGAGAAUCUGCAAGUCGCUUCUGAUGUGAGAUAAUUGGCUGUCUGCAAGGAUGUUGCCCAGGGGACGUUGCCCAGAUGUUUAUGUUUUACCAUCCUUAUGGGAGGCUUCUUGUGGAAGGCUGGAGCUGACAGAGGAAGCUCACCCACUCUCCCUGGAUUCGAACCGCUGACCUGUCGGUCAGCAGUUCUGCCGGCACAAGGGUUUAGCCCAUUGUGCCACCGGAGAUUCCUAUAUAUAUGCUGUUGUAUGUUCUUCUUCCUUCUGGAAUGAAUGUGGGGGCAUGACGAAGGCACCGGGCAUCUCCCCUACCCCUUGAGCCCCUUUUCCCGUCCCUCUCCUCUACUGGUCAAAGGGCCACAGGAUGUGCCGCUGCGGUAAUAGGCAGCAGACUUCGUCCAGGUAAGACGCAGCCAUGGGAAUCGGGCCCUCUGAGCCUCAGUCCGUGUCACAAGGGGGGGUGCAAGCAAGCCUUGGCCCAGGAAGACCCCCUCUUCAUAGGCUCCUGCUCCCCCCCCCCAAGAGGCUGAGAGGAAGCUCCCCUCUCAACGGCCUAGUUUACCAUCGGAGAGAAUCUCCCUGCAGUCUCCAAAAACAAACAAACCAAAGACUUUCAUGAGAACGUCAUAAUGACUAUGUAGGUGGAAUAAACUAUGGAACUAAGUCCAGGA